GACAGGGAGGCUAUUGUAUUGGGGUGAUAGACACACCUCAUUUUGUGUUUUCCAUGUAAUGGUCUCACUGUGUACAGUGUGCCUUACAUAUUGGGGCCAGUACCAAAAAACUAAAAGACAACCCUUUUCAAUGUGGCACCAAUUUCAACAUUCUGUGGGUAUAAAAAGCUGAUAUUGUCAGUAAGUCAUUUCAAGUUCAUCGUUCAAAAAGCCAUGAACACACAACGUCACUUAACGGACGAGCAGUGCCACCUGGCCAUAGCAUGUCUUCGAGUCGGUAGCAGGCAGUCUGAUGUUGCUCGUGAACUUGGUGUGUCUCAAAGUGUCAUCAGCAGACUUGCAUCAAGACACAGAACUACUGGUACAGUUCGUGACAGACCCAGGAGUGGGGCCCCAAGAGCCGACCGACCGCAACGAUGACCAGUACCUCAGGACCUAUGCACUCAGACAUCGCUAUGCGAGUGCCACAGAGCUGCAGUCCCGUUUACGAGAUGUGAGGGGUACUCGGGUUUCCAGACAAACCAUUCGCAACCGACGACCGUUGCAGGUGACUCCACUGACACCAAGACACCGCGGUGAACGUUUGCAGUGGACACAAGACCAUGUGACCUGGACAAUGCAGCAGUGGUCUACCGUCCUGUUCACUGAUGAGUGUCGAGUCACCUUGCACAGAAAUGAUGGUCGUCAGCGUUGCUGGAGAAGGCGAGGCUCUGCAGAAGUUGGCAAAUCAGUAUCUGAAGAGGGAAUGGCCAGAGAGUGUGACAGAAGAACAAGCAGAUCACAGGAACAUGUAUUGUGUAUGGAGGGCCUAUUUGGAGGGCACAGUCCAGACCACCCAGUCUAGAAUCAGCACCUGCGAUAACUACAAAGUCCAGGUCGCCGAUCCAGCCAAGAUGGCACGACUGCAGAAGGAGCAGCAGCUGAGGAAGUGUAUUGAGCAGCUGACAGUGGUCCAAGCUGAGCUGCAGGACUCAGUGAAAGAGCUGACCAAGAGCAGGAAGAAGUAUCAGGAGGCCGAGACAAUGGCGCAGGCCGUCCGGGAGAAGGCAGAGCUGGACGCCAAGUCCAAGCUAAGCCUCUUCCAGUCCAGAUCCAGUCUCCAGAGGGCCAGCGUAAAACUGAAAGCCAAGAGGAGCGAGUGUAACUCCAAAGCCACCCACUCCAGAAACGACUACCUUCUCACGCUAACAGCCGCUAACGCUCACCAGCAGCGCUACUACAACACAGACCUCAUGGACUGCAUCAAGGUCUUAGAUGGCAGGAUCUAUGAGCAGGUAAAAGAUUACCUCGUUUCUCUGUGUGAGACUGAGCUGGAAUCGUACCAAGCGGUCCACAACACCUUCAACCAGCUCUUGAACAGCUCAAAUGGGGUUCUGCAGGAGUUCCACCAGCAGCAGUUUGUACAGAAGAACCCGAUGUUUCAGCAAGCUCCAGACUUCUCUUACCAGCCCAUUGAUUCAGAUACGGUGAUGCAGCUGCUGAAGGAGAGUGGAACGGUGGAGGAACACAGUCUGGAUAAGGAGGCGAGGAAAUGGGCAAGCCGGGUGGCCCGAGAAUACAAGAGCAUCAUCCACACACAGAGGGCCCUUGAGGAAUACGGCACGCAGGAGUUGUCAGAGCAGAACAACAGCGAUCUGGAGACCAAGAUGGAGGUGGCCAGGCAGAGUCUUCGGAGGGCAGAGACGGUGAAAGUGAAAGCAGAAGCCCGUCUGGACUUGCUGAGGCAGGCAGGAGUCGCUGUGGAAACAUGGCUGAAGAGCGCGAUGAACCAGGUGAUGGAAGAGCUGGAGAACGAACGCUGGAACAACCUCAGUACCAACGAUCCUUCACUCUCUGGAACAGCUGAUUUGGAGCGAGAGGAUGAGGAGAUGGAGGACAGUGGCGAAGUGUUGGACGACAGCAGCUCCAGCCCCUCCAGCACUUUGAAAAACUAUCCGCUCACCUGCAAAGUGCUCUACUCCUACAAGGCAUCUCAGCCAGACGAACUGACCAUUGAGGAGCAGGAAAUCCUGGAGGUCAUAGAUGAUGGAGACAUGGAGGACUGGGUCAAGGCCAGAAACCGCAGUGGACAGGUGGGUUACGUCCCUGAGAAAUACUUGCAGCUGCCUUCAUCCAACAGCCUGCUGAGUAUGCUGCAGUCUCUGGCCGCGCUGGACGCCCGAUCUCAUUCCUCUAGUAACUCCACUGAACCCGAAACCGAACUCCCGACCGGCUCCGUCAACGGAGACUCCAGCGUGUCAUUCGCGAAGGCCUUGUAUGAUUACGCGGGACAAACAGAUGACGAGCUGUCGUUCCCAGAAGGCGCCAUCAUCCGCAUUCUGAGCAGAGAGACCCACGAGGACGACGGUUUCUGGGAGGGAGAGUUUAACGGCGUUGUUGGCGUAUUCCCUGCAGUUCUGGUCGAGGAUCUCGCAGGUGCCAGCGAGAACGGAGACGGACAAAGAGACAACAGUGCACAGGCUUCGCCCUCCACUUUGGCGCAGUGUGAUCGCGCCCCUCGCAGCCCCUUCCAGCCGGGGCCCCUCCACAGCAGCCCCCUUCAGACGCCCACCAUGUCCUCUCCAGCAUCAAGUCCCUGCAGCGCCACGGCCUCUCCCAUUGGCCGACCGCCCUCCUAUCACAAUGGACAUCACAGGCCGCCGCCGGCUCCACACAAAAGCCCCUUUCACAAUCCGGCACAAGGUUCCCCUCAACCUCCCAAAUACCCAGAGACUGGCUCCGGCACCAUCCGACCUGUCCGCGCUGCUCCUCCGCCCCCGAAGCAGCAUCCUCGUGGGCAGGUGAAGCGGAGGGAGGAGGUGGAGAUCACGCUGGUGUGAAGGCUUCACCCUGGUCCAAACCAGCUAAACUAAACUAAACUAAACGCACUCCCAAAGGAAACUCGAGGAAACUUAAAGUCCCUGAAGAUGCCUGGAGGCCGGAGAGGCCAACACUCAGAGCUCGUAGGGUCAGUGUGCUGUGGAGGAAUAUUGUGCCUUUCUCGUUUCAUCUCCUGAUUUCUCUCACUGCCUUUCCUGAACUUUGUCUCCUAUUAGACUGAUAAAAAUGACCUUGUUCAUAUUGUCUCGCUCCUCUACCUGGACAUGAAUCAUUUAAGUCCCGAAAACAAGACUGAACAUUCACAGGAUAUGCCUUCGCCCAUCAUAGUUGAUAAAAUUAUAACUGUACUAUGAUAUCCAUGUGCAGAAAAAUCAGUCUAACCUGAUAGAAGAGGUGAACUCACAUUAUUAAGCUAUUAUUUAGACACAGUCAUUUUGUAUUUGGGGAAUUAUGCUCAUUUAUUUUCUUGGAGAGUUAAAUGAGAAGGUUAAGAAAACCUUAACAUUCAAGAUGUAAUCAGCUUAGCUUAGCAUAAAGACUGAAAACCAGGAGAAACAACCUGCUUGGCUCUGUCAGAAUAUAAAGGAAACACCUCUAAGCUGGAGGAAUAAAACAUUAUUUCGUUUGUUUAACGUCUCAGUCAGACAGUGAAUCAUUUUAUUUUCUGUUGAUGUGUAGUUUUAUACAGUUGCUUUUAGACAGGAGUCAGUGGUACAAAUAUAUAUUUUAAAUGAUUGUGUGUUUAAUUUAUUGUCCUAUCAGAAGUCCAGCUAACCCAGAGAGCUUUUUACCCUCCUCAGUGACACUUUCUCAAGGUACAUUUUGUAAAAUUUUUACAUUUUAAGAGCAAUGUCAAGCUUCGUGUCUGGCAGCCUGAGAUCUGCACUCUUUGUGUCAGUGGUUCCUCUUGUAAAUGUGACCUCUUGAGUGCAUCAGUUUACAGCAACUAGACAUUUCAAACAUCACACAGCCUGAACUGAAGCACCUGCACAAGUAUCCACUCCAUGUAGGAAACAGUGAAUGCAAAUUUUAACACACAUUUGCAGUGAAAAGACCUAAAUUCAGUAUGAAGAACCAGAUUUUUCUGUGUAUAGGAUCAAAACUGGGAUUAAUGAAAGGAACACUAGUGCACAUGUAAACACAUUAAUGAACUUUAGAGGCGCCUGUAGGUGUAUUAUGACUUUUGACAGAGCUAUGGUAGCUGUUGAAGCUGAUCUUCAUGUUUAACUCUCUGCAGGAAAACAAAUAAAUCUCUUUCCCAAAAUGUUAAAUUUUUCCUUUAACCGACCAUAACACCUCAAACAUCAGAACAGCUGCGUUGAUUCAUCCUGUUGUAGAUCUCAUAGUUACAGCACAUGUUUUUCGCAGUUCAUGCCUGAUUUAAAAAACAAAUUAUUAGUAAUAUUCUAAAUAAUAUUUCACCCGUAUCCUCCUGCCCCACCAGUUGUGUCUCGCUGUAUUGCUGCGUGGCUCUCUCUCUGUUUUUUGGGUGCUCGGAUUACUUCUAUGCAACAGAGCUACUCUCGGCAGCAUCUUGUGAGACUCCGACACAAAAAAAAAAAUCAAAAGUCUGGUUAUCUCCACGCUCGAUCAAAACGCCAGCGCGGCCGAGGCUGGUCCUCUCCGCCGACACUCGUGACCUCACACGGUUACACAAACAAGGGAAAAGUGGCAAUUUUUAGUUGUGAUUGUUUUGUCAGUAGAAACGAUCAAAGUAAUGGAUCCCUUAUGAUUCUUUUUCUUUUCUUUUUUUUGUUAAACCCUUCUUCUAGUGUUAGUUUUCUUUGCACCAAACACAAGGAUAAAGUUUAAGGGGGAAACGUAGUGCGUACACACAUAGUCUAACGUUUUGUUGUUGUAAAGUAAAGAUUUAGAGAUGUUAUUAUGACACUAAUGAAGCCAGUAUUGGUUACUGGUGAGAGCGUCGGUUCGUCGAGGUUGCAGUUGGUGACAGUUUACACUGAGGUCAUGUGCAGUUUAAACACGCCUUUAUAUUUAAGGAGGAAACCAUCCUGAGCUGCUAGCUGUCCAAUUUAAAAUCUAUACUGUCAUAGUGAAGCACUUUUCGAUGUCUUCUUAUUCCUUUUCAGUAUUGUGGAUGCUACGUUAUUUGUUCAAUAUUUCUUGUUUGACGUUUGUUACCAGCUGUAUUGGUAUGAAUACUUUCCUUUUAUCGGCUCUUGCGUUAUUUAGCCUUAAAUAGCCAUUGUAGUGUCUUUGAUUGAGAUUGAGAUAUGACUCUUUGAUCGUAUUGUUUUUGAAAUAUCAAUAGUUUACAGAGAGCUUGGAGAUGGAUAUCUGUACAAAUAAUAGCACAGCUUUUUCUUUGUUUUCUUAUUUUGUGUUUUCUGUUUGUUUGUUUGUUUUUUUAGAAUUAGGAUAUAAAAUACCUAUUAAACCAUAGUUGAAUUUGAUCAGAGGAAAAGAGAUAUCUGUCAGCCAUGUUGCUGUGUUCUCGUUGAUCUCCUUGAGAUCUGAAUGACAUCAAACUUAUUUUUAAAGUUUGCAUUUACCCUGUUGUAUUAAAAAAAAAUAAAAGAAGAUAGUCGUCAGACUGAAGUCUCUUUUCCAUUAGAGAAGUUGUUGUUAACUUGCUACUGGUCCUGAUUCCGCAUAAAUCUGAAAUUCAGUGACAAAAUGCCCACGUUUUAUAACGUCAGCUCCGCAGAGGCUGCAGAGUGUCGUAUUUACACACCAGUGGAUGUUUAACUGUAUUUAUUGUGUACAAAUAAAUGUGAAAUAAAGAUAGCUUAAAUGAAAAACAA